AAUCUUCACCCACAAAUUAAAGUUCCAAGAAUCUUCAUUCAAUGAAAAUACAUGUUACCCCUUUUCCCUAUACUUACCAAAGUUACAAUCUUUUCUUUAAUUUGGGUUGCCCAAAUAUCUUGUUGUUGCAUGUGGGAUCUGGGAAACAAUUCAAGAUUUUGAUCUAAGUUCAAUAAAUCUACAUUAAUUUCACUCAAAUGCCAUAAACACACUGCUUAGCUUAUAAAGGUUUCAUUUUUAUUGCUGUUCACAUUUUACCUUACUAUAUAUGCAUAGAGGUGUGCAUAGGAUGCAGCUUUUUCAUCUUGUCUUUACUGUUUACAUUCCUGUGGCCCGGUAGGUAAGCUCAGUAAAUAUCUUUUAUGAGAGUUUACCUUCUUCUACUCCCAAUGUUUCUGGCGGAUUAGUCGGUGGCUUUCUUUCUGCACCUCUACACCCAGGAACCAGUGAUGGAGGUGGGGAGUACAAGAUCCUGGGAUGAACUGUUGCCCGAUGCACUUGGGCUAAUCUUCAAGAACCUGCCUCUCCAAGAAUUGCUAACAGUAGUGCCCACGGUAUGCAAAUCGUGGGGCAAAGCCGUGAUGGGGCCAUACUGCUGGCAAGAGAUUGACAUUGAGGAAUGGAGCAAUCGCUCGGAGCCUGGGAGCGUGGAGAGAAUGCUCCGAAUGCUGAUAGCGAGAAGCAAUGGUUCCAUUCACAAGCUCUGUGUCUCUGGCCUCCAAAACGAACCUGUUUUCUCCCUCAUUGCAGAAAAUGCUCGUUCCUUGAGGAUAUUGUGCCUGCCCCAGAGCAACAUGAGUGAUUCCAUCGUGGAGAAGAUUGCUGGGAGCCUCUCGAUGAUAACGUUCUUGGACUUGAGCUAUUGUUACAAAAUCAGUGCACGUUCCUUGGAGGCUAUUGGAAAGAACUGUAAACUGCUGGAAGGGUUGCGAAGAAAUAUGCAUCCUCUGAUCAUGGAGGAAAGGCUCUCACAGGACAACGAGGAGGCUCAUGCCAUAGCCACUACAAUGCCCAACCUCAAGCGUCUCGAGACAGCUUACCUGCGGUACAUUAACACAAUAGGCGCUCUAGAGAUCAUCCACAGCUGCCCUCAGCUCGAGUAUCUGGACUUGAGGGGGUGCUGGCAAGUGAAGCUCGACGGGGAGUACCUGAAAGACAAGUUCCCGAAGUUGAAAGUUUUGGGACCUUACGUUGUGGAUCGAUACGAGAGGAACAAUGACUAUGAAGAUUGGUCGGAUUUUUCAGACUCUUUGUAUGAUUAUGAGAGCUCGGAUGAUGAGAACAGGUUCGGUGAGCUGGAAUUCAGAUUCUAUCAGCAGUUCAACGAGGAUGCUACCAAUGGUUGGCCUCCAUCUCCUUAACCAUAAACCAUUAUUGUCUUUUGGCACAAGAACUGUGUUUUGCCAUUCAAUGUGCUUGUUGAUGUAUAUGUUUUCCUCCUUUGUUAUCUUUAGAUAUAUGCUCCUUGAUAGAACUAAAACGUGUUGAGUGCAGCAUCUAUAUAUUUAUAUGAUCAAGUAAGGUUUUCUAUGAGC